AUGGAGAGAAAACUUAUGUCCUUGCCUCCAUCCAUCUCCAUACCAGAAAUGGAACCCAAUGGCACCUUCAGCAGUAACAACAGCAACGGGAACUGUACAAUUGAAAACUUCAAAAUGGAUUUUUACCCCGCUGUGUACCUGAUAAUAUUUGUCUGGGGAACGUUGGGAAAUGGCUUUUCCAUCUAUGUUUUCCUGCAGUCUUAUAAGAAGUCCACGUCUGUGAAUAUUUUCAUGCUAAACCUGGCCAUUUCAGAUUUCUUAUUCACAAGUACACUACCCUUCAGAGCUGACUAUUACCUCAGAGGCUCCAAUUGGAUAUUUGGGGACCUGGCCUGCAGGAUUAUGUCUUAUUCUAUGUAUGUUAACAUGUACAGCAGCAUUUAUUUCCUGACUGUGCUGAGCAUCGUGCGUUUCCUGGCAACUGUUCAUCCCUUCCGGCUCCUCCAUGUCACCAGCAUCAGGAAUGCCUGGACUCUGUGUGGGAUCAUAUGGAUCCUUAUCAUGGCUUCCUCGGUAUUGCUUCUGAAAAAUGGCUCUGAGCAGAAGGGCAGUGCUGUAUUAUGCUUAGAGUUGAAUAUCAGUAAAAUUGUUAAACUGCAGACCAUGAACUACAUUGCCUUGGUGAUGGGCUUCCUGCUGCCAUUCUUCUUGCUCAGCAUUUGUUACCUGCUGAUCAUUCGAGCUCUGUUAAAGGUGGAGGUCCCAGAAUCGGGUCUGCGGGUUUCUCACAAGAAGGCACUUAUCACCAUCAUCAUUGCCUUGAUCAUCUUCCUCCUGUGUUUCCUGCCCUAUCACGUACUGAGAACCCUCCACCUGCUUGUGUGGAAAGUGAAUAAAUGUGAAGAGAAGCUGCAUAAAGCAGUGGUCAUCACACUGGCCUUGGCAGCAGCCAAUAGCUGCCUCAAUCCUUUGCUCUAUUACUUUGCUGGGGAAAAUUUUAAGGACAGACUAAGGUCCACACUCAGAAAAGAUCACCUACAGAAGACGAAGUGCAGCAUUCCUGUAUGCAUGUGGUUGAAAAAGGAAACACAAGUUUAA